AUGACUGCUGGCACUGACGAGGCGACAGUGGACUACAUACGGAGCCACCUCGAUGAGGACCUGGAGGAGGUGGCGCGACGGCCCGGUCCGCCGCUCAUCCGCCCCUCCCUGGCGCCGUUUCUCACGCCCACCGGGCUGAUCAACCUGCCUGCUGUAGCGCCAUCAGUGCGGAGCCAAGGCAGCAGCAGGGAUCUUGUGCAUCCCGAUGGCACCCCCUUAUCGUCAGCGGCGCACACGGUGACUCUCGUUCUCCAAGUCAUGUCAGUCAAGGAUGUCAGUCUCUCGCGCGAACAGCGCAGCCGCGUUCUCGUGCACUCCCUCUCCUCCACCCGCAGCAGCUCCGGUGCGACGCCCAACGCAGCGCUAAACGACGCGGACACAGACACCGCGGCCUCCCUCGCCGACGCCACCCUACAGGCGAUGGAGGAGCAGCAAGAUGAAGAGGCGCAGAACCACAUACCGUUGCGGCCAAGCGGUGGUCAGUGGCGAUGCCUGCGGCUGGAGUUGUCGGACGGGUUUCAGCGUGUGCUCGCCGUCGAGGACGCCUCUGCGCGCACGCGGCAGCGCUGUGGUGUGCUGGCCAAAGAAGGCAUCACGAUUGGUGCCAAACUGCACGUGCGCUUGACUGCACCGGUGGCGGAUACCACAGCCAUCUCUGUGCCGUGUGUGCAGCAUGGCGUUCUCCGGCUGCACGCUGGGAACACCGAGGUAAUGGGUGGCCGUGUGAGGGCGCUGGAGGUAUACUGGGAAACGCAGGCGCGGCAGCAACUAGCGGCGAGCACUGGACGUCCCUCAAAGCAGCAGCAGCAGCAACAGCAGUACCAGCCGACGAGUCUUACCGACGCACCAACGAUGUCGACCUCCGCCGCCCCUGCGCAGCAACACCCGCAGCCGUCGCAACAACUGGUCGUAGCUUCCCCAGUCAGCUCACCAGCACCGCCACCACAGCAGCCGCAGUCGCUCGCAGCGCUCCCUCUGCAGCCCCUUCGAUGCUGGCCCGCCCACGCUGCCCAGCACCCGCCCGACGUGCCCUUCUGCACGGUGGCCUUCAUUACGGAAGUGGUGUCGGAUAUGGUCAUCAAUGAACCAUCCCCUGGGGCCGCCCACAACGGCCACCACGUCGGGGCAGAGCCAAACCCUGCAAGAGACGCCUUCACGUACUCGCUUCUCGUGCAACUGUCCUCGCCCAACGCUGUGGAGCGCGAUACACAGCAGCAGCUGAGCAACAGCCCCUCCGUGGGAGGCGAGGAACUGGGACCGGUGAGCGAGGACGAUCACCUCACCGUCGACCUUGGCCACGCCUGGCUGCAUCAGCUGGUGGGCAUGCCCGCCGAUGCGUUCCGUGCGCUGUCCCUAUCGAACGCCGAGGCAGAUGUGGAGCUGCUGACGCGCACCGUGGAAUCCGUCGGGCACGCGCUGGAACGGUUUGGCAAAGGGCGUUUCACGCUGGUGCGGCGAGCAGGGGACGGCAUUGUGGAGGUGAUGCACGCUGAGCCGAAGCCGUGA